GUUGAAAACAAAAAAAUGAGAAAACAAAUAAGCAGACAGCAAUAACUCAAGCGAACGCAAAGUGGAACUGCGAUUUUUGAGCCAAGUCGAACGUGGAAUUGUUUUGACCCACAGAGAAGGCCCACAGCGCGAAAGAGACAGACCGACACUAGCUGAAAGAGAAGGCAUCACCAUCACCUACGAUGCGUGUGGAUAGCUGGCUGUGUGGUGGCUUAAUGCUCGCCCUGGCCGUAAUGCUAACGCAGGCACGUUUCAUUGCGAAAAGAGAAACCGCCGGCUUGGAGCAGGCGGUGGCUUCCACUUCCACUGACCCUGACAUUGUUACACCAGCCAGGGAAAGCGGGAGUGCUACGCAGAUCCAGGAAGUGGGGAUAAAAUCCAGACUGGAAGAUGAGGGUGGAGGUACCACGACAGAAGGUCAGGCCGUUCCGACUUCAGAUUCCAACGAGGGUAAUCAGACCACAGAGAGUCAGACCCCUGGAAAAGAUCAGAAGUCAGAAAAAGAUACUCCAUUAUCCGAGACCUCUUCAUCCAUGAUUAAAGACGAUUCUGGUAAUGAAGCUUCGAGUUCUUUGAAAGAAGAACGUAUCAAAAAAGAACCUUUGGUAAUUCACCAAGAAACUACAGUUGGAUCUAUAGAAGUAGUAACCAGGAAUCCUUUGAAACCAUUCUUAUUCUUUGGAACAGGUGGAGAGAGGACUGUUCUAAAUCCUCAUUCAAAAAAUGAGACCAAAGAAGCUUUGGCACAGGAGACUGAAGAGACUCCUAAGGAGCCCACCUCAACUCCUUUGCGAGAAAUCACUGGUAGCCCUUGGAAAUCUGUAACUCUGGGACUGGGUGAGGAGAAGAAACCCAAGGUGACGGGGAUCAGUGAUAAAAUCGAUCUAAGCAGCACCACGGAAAGCCUCCCCUUGAGUUCUACCACUCUUGGUCUGACCACCACCGAAGCAGUUCGAUCCACAACUCGAUCGGAUCAUGCCCGAUCCAUGCAGUACUCCUCCACCACAGAGGAAGCCAUUCAAAUCCUUUCGCCAGUGACUCCAAUGAAACUGAGGGCUUUGCCCAUGACCUCGACCACCCCCGUGAUCACCACAUCCACAACAAGAAAGACAACUCCUGCCUCCGCCACCACGCCCACUUCCUUUGCCUCCAACGAGAAUGCCAUUGAGGAGUCCACUGUCCGCCAGAUGCCGGAGAAACGGGGAAAGUUCAUCAGCGAAAACUCCACAAAUGCCCAGCAAUUGACCCUGCCGAAUACCGCUGAGGUGUGGAGCCAGGCCGGGAUGAAGUCGGUUCCAAAGGGUCCAGUCACCACCUCGACCACCACAUCCACGACAGUGCUGCCGAUUUUCAACCAAACCGAUUUGGCCAACGACAUCGAGUUGCCUCACAACCGAACGGAGCAGCAGAAGGAGAAGAACUUGCUCGACUGGCAGCAGAUAGCCAUGAUGCAGUCAUCCUCGGAAAACCGAACCGAGUUUGUAGUCCGAACCACUCUGGAUGCCACUGAAGGAGCCACACAGGCCACCACCGAAGCUCUGAAGGAGGAAAGUAAUACCAAAGGUGGUGAAAUUAUAGAAUUAGACGUAGAGCCUGAGAGAAAUUCUACUGCGGAAAUGGAAGUUUUGGAGACAGUGACUUCUACAACCGCUCGAACGGAGCUAUUUGAUGUUCCUUUGGUGAAGCAAAUGGCCGAGGCAGCUAAAGCCAAGUUAACAGAGGCUCAAACGGAGGUGCAGGCCAUAACAGAGGCUACUACAGCGAUGAAAGUAUCUACAGAGCCGACUGCAACAUCCAGCUCACGCCUAACAGAGCCUGUAACAGCGAGGGUGGCUUUAGAAAAAUCUGAGCUUCCACUAGAACUGAACACAACACAGGCUGUAACAGCAAGGGUGGCUUUAGAAAAUUCAGAGCUUCCAACAACAACAAAAACAACCACAACCACAACAGAAGCAACAUCAACCACCAAAGAUGAACCUCUAGAAACUGCAACAGAAGAAGUUGCAACAUCCACAGCAGCAACUCCCAAAGCAGCAACAUCUGAAGCAACAACAGCAACAGCAAUAAACCUUACAAGUUCCACCCCCACCAGUACAACUGAAAUGGCAAUGAAAGCGGCUCAUGACUACAAAAAUAACGACAACAGCGCCGAUGUUGAUAAUAGCAGUAACGACGUCAUCGUCGCAACAACCAAGCAACCAGAGCCAGAGCCGGAGCCGGAGAGAGAGCAGUUGCCAGUGGGGACAACAGCAACAUCGGUUAGUGUUCAAGUGGCUGGCGAGGCGAGCAGCUCGACAACGAAUCGGCCGGUUACCGACUUACCAGAUACAGGUGCGCGUGAAGCAAGUACUAUCGCGAGUACAACAACGCCUGGGGCAACGCCAACGCCAACGCAAACGGAAAUUGCGCAAAUUAGCAAUGAAGUGAAUUUAGAGGCAGUGACAGUGAAGAGUGCUCGCGACAGAGAAGAAGAUACUGGCGACAAAUUGGGCCUGAACAACGCCAAUGAGCUAAUAACAGCUGAGAAAACCGAUAACGCGGUCAAUAACAGUGUGGUCACAACAGAGAGCGAGCGGCAGGCGGUGACGAAGGCAACAGCAACAACAACACCACCAGCAACAUCAUCCACAACAACCACAACAACUGAGGGUGGUUCUACCCUGUUGAGUGACUUCAGUAAGCUCAGCAAGGAGCACGAAUCGUCACUGGAGACCAAUAACAUCGGUGAGGCAUCCGAAUCGACGACACCUGCUGGUGUUGCAACGGAUGAAAGCACAGCUGCUGAGGCAACAGGUGGCCAGGAAAGCGAAAAGGAACUUCACCACCAUGAGGUCGAACAGGUGGUUGAAGAGCAGGACACAGAACGACAGUUAGCCAAGACAACAAUGGCUGUGGCAUCAACAACAUCUACAACAACAACUACAAGUACUACGUCUACAACAACAAGCACUACAACCACAACUACCACGACAGAGACUCCUCCCUCAACGACAACAACAAUGCAACCGCCUUUGUUUAGUCUUCUGGAUGACACAACUACCAGGAGAACCACAAUCCCGUCAGUGGAACCCGCCACAGAGGACUAUACCGAUUCCUCUUCACCGGAAAUACCUGCAAUUCUCAGCAGCAGCACCACUACCACCAGUACUACCACAACCAGUAGAACCACCAUGCUGCCAGAGACAAGCACUACCACUCCAUCACCCACACUCCCGCCCAGCUUUGCGGCCCCCUAUCCCAAUGAACUGGACCACAUGCAGUCCAAUGCCCAGGGCAACGGCACGGACGUCAACGUGAUCAUAGCCAUCACCGUCAGUGUCAUCGGUGUGGUGGCCCUCAUCCUGCUGGUGGCGUUCCUCUAUCUGAUGCGCAAGCGCCAGAAGCAAAUGUCCUAUGGCCAGCGCUGCCGGCCAGUCAGCCUGGAUGCCUAUUCCCUGGACAACGUUUCGGUGCUGGGUAGUGUGCGUCGCAAGGGCCGAGAUGUGAGAGCCUCCAAGAGGACCUACGGUAAUGCCGCUUUCGACGAUCCCUCCCUGCGUCACAAUCCUCUGACGGCCGGAGAACUGGCUCGUUUUGUGGAGCAACGCUCCGAUGUCUUUGAGGAGUUCCGGGACGUGCCGCAGAUCAUAGCCAGGGCGGAUGAAGUCCCACCCGGCUGUGAAGACAAGAACCGCUACGCCAACGUGAUUCCGCUUCCUGAGACGCGUGUGGUGCUCCAGAGACAGGGGGACGACGACAAAACGGAAUACAUUAAUGCCAAUUAUGUGCGGGGUCCCCGGGACGCACCCAACUACUAUAUAGCCUGCCAGGCGCCAAUGGAAAGCACCACCAGCGAUUUCUGGCGCAUGAUUUGGGAGCAGCAGUCGCGCGUGAUCAUCCAGGCGACCGAUCUCAGUGAGAACGGCAUCGAGAAGUGCGCCGAAUACCUGCCACCAUCGGCAACGCUGGACAACCACAGCAGCUAUGGGGAUUACCAGGUGACGCUGAAGCACCGCGAGGUGAAGGACAAAUAUGCCAUUUCCACGCUGAUGCUUAAGCGAGUGGACGGUGAGGAGAGCCGAGAGCUCACCCACUACUGGUACAAGUGGCCCGAGACGGGGGUACCGGCCGAGGAGGCCCCGAUUAUCGCCAUGUUGCUGGAGGCACGAUCCUCGCUCAAGUCCUACUGCCUGGAGCAGGCGAUCGAGCUGCGCGGAAAGUCAGCUACUCUGGAGACAUCGAUGGAUGCAGAGAGUAGCACAAAGACGGAGGCGAGCAGCACGUCGAGCAAUGAGAUAAAUGGAAAUAUAUCCAGCAGGAGUGCGGCUCGAAACCAGCAAGGACCGCUAACCGUUCACUGUUCUCCAGGCACGGGACGCACUGGCACCAUCAUCGCCUCAGAUAUGGCCAUUCGCAGCCUGGAGACCCCCAAGCGGUCCGUGGACAUUCCCCAGCUGGUCUACUACGUGCGGCGGGGGCGGGCCAGCGCAGUGCAGACCAAGGAGCAGUAUGAAUUUAUCUACAAGGUGGCCAGCAUGUACGCGGCCAAGAUCACAAAUCUGUCCAAUGACAAUUAAAGUCCCCAUCGAGUGGAAACCGAAUUUUUGAUAGAGUUCACAUUUCCAGUACGGACAUUUUGUGGCCGUCAGUUAACAAUAGUAGAUGUAUUUUAUACGAAAUAGUAGUAUAAAGUAGUAUUACGCUUGAAUGUUGGCACCUGAUUUAUCAUUGUUAUUUCUCGGGCUUUAAAUAUCAUUUAAAUGUAUGUAUUCCUUUAUUAUUGUGAUAUAAUCGUACAUUCGUAUAUCUCUUGAUAAUCUGUUGCAUAUUUAUAAUGUCAAUUUUUUGUUUUUGCACCGGUUUUGAGUGUGUUUUGAGUUUCGGGGCCAUACUAUCCGAAACAAAUGAUGAAUAUUUGGAGCUCUCGGUAUGUUAGGCAAAAGUCAAAUAUGUAAUCAAAUUUUGUAUGUAUCUAUUUUAAAUGAGCUUUAAUGUACGUAAGUUAUUUCUAAGUUUACACCAAGCUGUACUGUACUCAUAUUAUUGUGAAUUACAAGAAAAAAAUACUUAUUUAGCAAA